UUUGGCAUUGGUCAUGGCGCGCCACUGCGCAUGCGCACCAACACUCCGCGUACCUCAUCUCUGUGCUGCUGCCCAGCCUCCAAACGAGCUGCGAGCCUCUGGGAUUACCACACGCUAGCCCUUCUCUUGAAGACCCCGAAGGUCAAAGGUCAGGUACUGCAGUGGGAUGCAGUCCUUCUCGGAUGACUGAAGAGCUCAAAGAGAGAAACUAAAAAGCAUAAAGAGAAAGCACAUUGAAAAUCAAAAAUAAGUCUGCCUGUGCAGAAUAAUAAAGACCCCUUCCCCAUUAAGCUGUUUUUCACCUUGUUGCCAAAAUGUCAGCGGUCACUUCAGAAAACCCAGAAGCUCCUGCAGUCACCAACCCUCCUCCCCCUGAGGUGACCAACCCUACCAAACCCGGCCGCAAGACUAACCAGCUGCAGUACAUGCAAAAUGUAGUUGUCAAGACACUGUGGAGGCACCAGUUUGCAUGGCCUUUCUACCAGCCUGUUGAUGCCAUUAAACUUGGUCUUCCGGACUAUCACACGAUCAUAAAGAAUCCAAUGGACAUGGGAACCAUCAAGAAAAGACUGGAGAAUGUGUACUACUGGAGUGCAAGCGAGUGUAUGCAGGAUUUCAACACAAUGUUCACAAACUGUUAUAUUUACAACAAGCCAACAGAUGACAUUGUGUUAAUGGCACAAGCAUUAGAGAAGAUCUUCCUUCAGAAGGUGGCCCUGAUGCCUCAGGAGGAGGUUGAGCUUCUUCCUCCUGCCCCCAAGGGCAAAGGGCGCAAACCAUCAGGGCCUGACGCAGGUCAGCAGGAUGGAUCUGUCUCUUCUGGCUCACCCACUUCUGUUUUCCCUGGUGCCACUUCACCAAGUUCACAGACAGCAGUUGUAUCCCCAGCUCCAGUGCCCAUCAUCACCCCUGUCUUACCAGCUGUACAAAACGCAACCACUGCCGCCAUGAUACCCGGCAUGCCUCCGUCGCAACCCAAUCUCAAAAAGAAGGGGGUGAAGAGGAAAGCAGACACAACCACCCCUACUACCUCUGCCAUCACCGCCAGCAGGAGCCAGUCGCCCACCCCUCUUUCAGAAGGCAAACAGGGGAAAGUGGCAUCCAGGCGAGAGAGCACCGGUCGCCCCAUCAAACCCCCUAAAAAGGAUUUUGAGGAUGGUGAACUAGGUGUAUAUGGAAGCAAAAAGGGCAGGCUUUCAGAGCAGCUCAAGUACUGCGAGGUCAUCCUUAAAGAAAUGCUUUCAAAAAAGCACGCUGCAUACGCCUGGCCUUUUUACAAGCCUGUUGAUGCAGAGGCUCUCGAGCUACAUGACUACCAUGAAAUAAUCAAACACCCCAUGGACUUGAGCACAGUGAAAAAAAAUAUUGACAGUCGAGAGUACCAAGAUGCGCAGAGUUUUGCUUCAGAUGUCAGAUUAAUGUUCUCAAAUUGUUACAAGUACAACCCACCUGAUCAUGAGGUGGUUGCUAUGGCCAGAAAGCUGCAGGAUGUGUUUGAAAUGCGUUUUGCAAAGAUGCCCGAUGAGCCAGUGGAGGUGGCCGGGGCAGGCGGUGUAGGCGGGGCCGGUGUGGUCAGUAAGAGUACUGUCAGCAGUGAGAGCAGUGGCGACUCCUCCACCUCUGACAGCUCCGACUCCGAGGAGGAGAGGGCCACCCGGCUCGCCGAGCUGCAGGAACAGGUGGGUGCGGAACAGUGUAUCUCUUUGGAGCACCCCAUUGGUAGCAGACAGGGGAUAAAAAACGGGUGCACCAAGAAUAAUCAGCUGAAAGCUGUCCAUGAACAGUUAGCUGCUCUUUCUCAGGCCCCUGUAAGUAAACCAAAGAAAAAUAAAGAGAAGAAAGAAAAAGACAAGAAAAAGAAAGAGAACAAGCUCAACAAAUCUAAGCCAGAGGAGAAAGUCAAGCCGGGACAGCCACCGAAACCAGCUCAGCAGAAAAAGGCACCUGCCAGAAAGGCUAACAGCACUGUUCCAGGCAACAGGCAACCAAAGAAGGGUGGCAGAGGGCCAGGCUACGAGUCUGACGAGGAGAUGUGUCUCCCCAUGACGUAUGAUGAGAAACGGCAACUGAGCCUCGACAUCAACCGGCUGCCCGGAGAGAAGUUGGGCAGGGUGGUCCACAUCAUUCAAUCCAGAGAGCCUUCACUGAGGGAUUCCAACCCUGACGAAAUCGAAAUAGAUUUUGAGACGCUCAAACCUUCCACUUUGCGUGAGCUGGAGCGAUACGUCAAGUCCUGUUUACAGAAGAAGCAGAGGAAACCUCCACAGAAAGGAACCUCAGGCCCCUCUCGGCUCAGCGGCAGCAGCAGUUCUUCAGGCUCGGGCAGCAGCAGCUCCAGUGGCUCCACUUCAGAUAGCAGUGACUCUGACUGAACACUUUUUCUUUCCUUUUUUUUUUUUUUUACAUUGUAUGCAGUCAAGGUUGUUUCCCCUCUGAGACUUUUUAUACGAAAGAGAAAGAAAAAGAGACAAUAAAAAUGCAUCAUGUCAGAGUUUUUAUUUUUUUUGGAAAUGUCAUGAAGAAAAUUACAGCUAAAAAAAGCUAACUAAUAAGUUGCUUUUUAAUUCCACUGACUCUGAAAGGGAUGUCCAAACCUAAAACUGCAAGGAGAGGAAGUCUUGAAGCAUAUUUUAUAGUUCAAAUUCUCUUCCCCGGCAUCCUGGUAAUGUUGUACGUUACCAUUGCAAACUUAAGCCAUGCCAUCUCAAUAGAAAAAGCGGGAAAACGGAAAACUCACACUGUUCUCCUCUGAUUUUACGUCUGUUGUUGUAUUUAUUUUUAUUUUUUUUUAAUAAUAUAUUGUUUUUGCUGUGGCCUCAUUUUUCCCCAUUGGGCGCUGUGCCAUUGAUCCAUUAUUCCUUUUUUCUUUUAAUGUCCUCUCAAACUGAAAAGUAUGUCUAUGAAAAUCAUGCCUUUCUAAAUAAUAUCACAACACUUAUAGGUAGUAUGGGGAACAGAUGGCUUUAAUUAGGCAUAACAAACUCUACAUUUAAUUUGGCCAUUUUUAUAGCUGUAGAACAAUAUUAAAACAGAAUCCUAUACUCUCCAGGUAAUAAAUAUAUGGUUUAGGAAAAUAUUUUGAUGGGAAUUAAGUAGAUUUGGUUGUUUUUUACAGAUGCUUUACAAUGAUGUGGACAUGUAAAUCAGUAAGCUGGAACACAUGCGGACUUCAUGUCUUAUUAAGCCUUGGUCAGCAAUAAAUACACAGAUUUCCAAGUAGUCACACCUGUGACUGGCAUUUGUACAUCAGAUAACUUUAGAUAAGUCUAGAAGUGUUGGUGACAUGGAUGUUGACACCUGGAAUCAGUAAAUAUCAUUUGU